CUUCUUUCCUUCCAACACUUCGUCACUGCUGACGAUUUCUCGCCACCAGGAUCGACUAUAAAGCAAAGCGGCGUCUGAAUCUACACAAAUUUAUCUAGACCUGCUGCCGCUGCUGCUCGGGAUCGCUGAGAACGACGAUCAUGGCUUCCGCUUGCCUGAAAGAAUCUCGUCCCCCGGUUUUGGAUUCUACAUCCGAACCUCCUCCUCUCUUUGAUGGCACUACCAGGUUGUAUAUGACUUACAUGUGCCCCUUUGCACAACGAGUUUGGAUUGCCAGGAACCUUAAGGGUUUACAAGACAAGAUCAAAUUGGUUCCCAUUGACCUUAGAAACAGGCCUGCUUGGUACAGAGAGAAAGUUUACCCAGAAAAUAAGGUGCCAUCACUGGAGCAUAACAACAAAGUCAUUGGAGAGAGUUUAGAUUUACUUAAAUAUUUAGACGAAAACUUUGAAGGGCCUGCACUUUUACCCAAUGAUCCUGGCAAAGAGCAGUUUGCUGAAGAAUUGUUAUCCUACAGUGGCAAGUUCAAUGGAAUUGUUUUUGCUUCUUUUAAAGGAGAUCCAGUGAAAGAAGUUGGUAGUGCUUUUGAUUACCUUGAAAAUGCUCUUCACAAAUAUGAUGAUGGACCUUUCUUCCUUGGCCAAUUUAGUCUGGUGGACAUGGCCUAUGCCCCAUUCAUUGAAAGGUUUCAACUUGUCUUACAAGAUGUAUGGAAGUAUGACAUCACGGCAGGACGACCUAAGCUAGCAUCAUGGAUUGAAGAGGUGAACAAGAUCGACGCUUACAAGCAGACAAAAUAUGAUCCAGAAGAGCUUCUUAAGCACAUAAAGAGCCGAUAUGUGGGGCAGCAGUGAGCAUCAACACCUGUUUAGAAGCUGGAGCUUUGAGUUGAAUAAAGACUUGGAUCCUCGUAUAUCAUCGUCUGUACUUUUGGAACUGGUAGAGCCAUGGGUUAAAUAAGAGGGCUCGACGCCUAUUGUCAAUAUCUCUUUGUACUAAACUAUGAUAUGUGGGGAUUUAUUUAAUUUCUAGUUUUAUGAAAAUUUUUGGUCAGCAUGCCUGUCCAUCUUAUUUUUCCUA